AUGGCUCUUCCACAGCCUAAUCUGCAUGGCCUGGCUCAGGUUGUGUUCCACCUGAGCCAGCGUGUGGUCCACCAUCUGUUCGCUCUGUGUGGGCCGCUGGAACAGAGAGACACACUACCAUCAACCAUCAUCAACCACCAACCACCAUCCACCACCAACCAACACCCACCACCCACCACCAACCACCAUCAGCCAUCAUCCACCACCAACCAUCAUCAACCAUCAACCACCAUCCACCACCAACCAACACCCACCACCCACCACCAACCACCAUCAACCAUCAUCCACCACCAACCAUCAUCAACCAUCAACCAUCAUCCACCACCAACCAUCAUCAACCACCAACCACCAUCCACCACCAACCACCACCCACCACCCACCACCCACCACCAACCACCACCCACCACCAACCACCAUCAACCAUCAUCCACCAUCAACCAUCAUCAACCACCAACCACCAUCCACCACCAUCAACCAUCAUCCACCAUCAACCAUCAUCAACCACCAACCACCAUCAACCAUCAUCCACCAUCAACCAUCAUCAACCACCAACCACCAUCAACCAUCAUCCACCAUCAACCAUCAUCAACCACCAUCCACCACCAACCACCACCCACCACCAACCACCAUCAACCAUCAUCCACCACCAACCAUCAUCAACCACCAACCACCACCCACCACCAACCACCAUCAACCAUCAACCACCAUUCACCACCAUCAACCAUCAUCCACCACCAACCAUCAUCAACCACCACCCACCACCAUCAACCACCAACAACCACCAUCAACCAUCAUCCAACAACCACCAUCAGUUAUCAGUCAUCAACCACCAACCACCAUCCAUCAUCCAACAACCACCACCAACCACCAUCAACCCCCACCAGUUAUCAUCAGUCAUCAACCACCAUCAUCAACCACCAACCACUACCAACCACCAUCUACAAUAAACCACCAUCAACCAACAUCAACCACCAUCAACCCUCACCACUGGGUUGCUGGGUCUACAGCCUCAGUCCAAGAUCUGUCACUCUGCGGUCACUCUGUUGUUACUUUGCGGUCACUCUGUCGUUGCUCUGCGGUCACUCUGUUGUUGCUCUGCGGUCACUCUGUCGUUACUCUGCGGUCACUCUGUCGUUGCUCUGCGGUCACUCUGCCGUUACUCUGCGGUCACUCUGUCGUUACUCUACGGUCACUCUGCGGUCACUCUGUCGUUACUCUGCGGUCACUGUCGUUACUCUGCGGUCACUCUGCCGUUACUCUGCGGUCACUCUGCCGUUACUCUACGGUCACUCUGCGGUCACUCUGUCGUUACUCUGCGGUCACUCUGUCGUCACUCUGCGGUCACUCUGCGGUCACUCUGUCGUUACUCUGCGGUCACUCUGCGGUCACUCUGCGGUCACUGUCGUCACUCUGCGGUCACUGUCGUCACUCUGCGGUCACUGUCGUCACUCUGCGGACACUGUCGUCGCUCUGCGGUCACUGUCGUUGCUCUGCGGUCACUCUGCGGUCACUCUGCAGUCCUUUGACCUGGAGUCCUCUGACUUGGAUUCCCCUGACCUGGAGUCCCCUGACCUGGAGUCCUCUGACCUGGAGUCCCCUGACCUGGAGUCCUCUGACCUGGAGUCCUCUGACCUGGAGUCCCCUGACCUGGAGUCCUCUGACCUGGAGUCCCCUGACCUGGAGUCCUCUGACCUGGAGUCCUCUUACCUGGAGUCCUCUGACCUGGAGUCCUCUGACCUGGAGUCCCCUGACCUGGAGUCCUCUGACCUGGAGUCCCCUGACCUGGAGUCCUCUGACCUGGAGUCCCCUGACCUGACCUGGAGUCCUCUGACCUGGAGUCCCCCUGACCUGGAGUCCCCUGACCUGGAGUCCUCUGACCUGGAGUCCCCUGACCUGGAGUCCUCUGAUCUGGAGUCCCCUGACCUGGAGUCCUCUGACCUGGAGUCCUCUGACCUGGAGUCUUCUCACCUGACCUGGAGUCCUCUGACCUGGAGUCCUCUGACCUGGAGUCCCCUGGCCUGGAGUCGCCGGGACCUGGAGUCCCCUGACCUGGAGUCCUCUGACCUGGAGUCCUCUGACCUGGAGUCCCCUGACCUGGAGUCCUCUGACCUAGAUCCCCUGGCCUGGAGUCGCCGGGACCUGGAGUUCCCUGACCUGGAGUCCUCUGACCUGGAGUCCUCUGACCUAGAGUCCUCUGACCUAGAGUCCUCUGACCUGGAGUCCUCUGACCUGGAGUCCUCUGACCUGGAGUCCCCUGACCUGGAGUCCCCUGACCUGGAGUCCUCUGACCUGGAGUCCCCUGACCUGGAGUCCCCUGACCUGGAUUGCCGGGACCUGGAGUUCCCUGACCUGGAGUCCUCUGACCUGGAGUCCCCUGACCUGGAGUCCUCUGACCUGGAGUCCCGUGACCUGGAGUCCCCUGACCUGGAGUCCUCUGACCUGGAGUCCCCUGACCUGGAGUCCUCUGACCUAGAAUCCUCUGACUUGGAGUCCCCUGACCUGGAGUCCCCUGACCUGGAGUCCCCUGACCUGGAGUCCUCUGACCUGGAGUCCCCUGACCUGGAGUCCCCUGACCUGGAGUCCCCUGACCUGGAGUCCUCUAACCUGGAGUCCUCUAACCUGGAGUCCCCUGACCUGGAGUCCCCUGACCUGGAGUCCCCUGACCUGGAGUCCUCUGAUCUGGAGUCCCCUGACCUGGAGUCCUCUGACCUGGAGUCCUCUGACCUGAUGUCCCCUGACCUGGAGUCCUCUGACCUGGAGUCCUCUGACCUGGAGUCCCCUGACCUGGAGUCCCCUGACCUGGAUCGCCGGGACCUGGAGUUCCCUGACCUGGAGUCCUCUGACCUGGAGUCCCCUGACCUGGAGUCCUCUGACCUGGAGUCCUCUGACCUGGAGUCCCGUGACCUGGAGUCCCCUGACCUGGAGUCAUCUGACCUGGAGUCCUCUGACCUGGAGUCCCCUGACCUGGAGUCCUCUGACCUGGAGUCCUCUGACCUGGAGUCCCGUGACCUGGAGUCCCCUGACCUGGAGUCCUCUGACCUGGAGUCCUCUGACCUGGAGUCCUCUGACCUGGAGUCCCCUGACCUGGAGUCCCCUGACCUGGAGUCCUCUGACCUGGAGUCCCCUGACCUGGAGUCCUCUGACCUGGAGUCCUCUGACCUGGAGUCCUCUGACCUGGAGUCCUCUGACCUGGAGUCCUCUGACCUGGAGUCCUCUGACCUGGAGUCCCGUGACCUGGAGUCCCCUGACCUGGAGUCCCCUGACCUGGAGUCCCCUGACCUGGAGUCCUCUGACCUGGAGUCCUCUGACCUGGAGUCCUCUGACCUGGAGUCCCCUGACCUGGAGUCCUCUGACCUGGAGUCCUCUGAUCUGGAGUCCCGUGACCUGGAGUCCCCUGACCUGGAGUCCUCUGACCUGGAGUCCUCUGACCUGGAGUCCUCUGACCUGGAGUCCCCUGACCUGGAGUCCCCUGACCUGGAGUCCUCUGACCUGGAGUCCCCUGACCUGGAGUCCUCUGACCUGGAGUCCUCUGACCUGGAGUCCUCUGACCUGGAGUCCCCUGACCUGGAGUCCUCUAACCUGGAGUCCUCUAACCUGGAGUCCCCUGACCUGGAGUCCUCUGACCUGGAGUCCCCUGACCUGGAGUCCUCUGACCUGGAGUCCCGUGACCUGGAGUCCCCUGACCUGGAGUCCUCUGACCUGGAGUCCCCUGACCUGGAGUCCUCUGACCUAGAAUCCUCUGACUUGGAGUCCCCUGACCUGGAGUCCCCUGACCUGGAGUCCCCUGACCUGGAGUCCUCUGACCUGGAGUCCCCUGACCUGGAGUCCCCUGACCUGGAGUCCUCUAACCUGGAGUCCUCUAACCUGGAGUCCCCUGACCUGGAGUCCCCUGACCUGGAGUCCCCUGACCUGGAGUCCUCUGAUCUGGAGUCCCCUGACCUGGAGUCCUCUGACCUGGAGUCCUCUGACCUGAUGUCCCCUGACCUGGAGUCCUCUGACCUGGAGUCCUCUGACCUGGAGUCCCCUGACCUGGAGUCCCCUGACCUGGAUCGCCGGGACCUGGAGUUCCCUGACCUGGAGUCCUCUGACCUGGAGUCCCCUGACCUGGAGUCCUCUGACCUGGAGUCCUCUGACCUGGAGUCCCGUGACCUGGAGUCCCCUGACCUGGAGUCCUCUGACCUGGAGUCCUCUGACCUGGAGUCCCCUGACCUGGAGUCCUCUGACCUGGAGUCCUCUGACCUGGAGUCCCGUGACCUGGAGUCCCCUGACCUGGAGUCCUCUGAUCUGGAGUCCUCUGACCUGGAGUCCUCUGACCUGGAGUCCCCUGACCUGGAGUCCCCUGACCUGGAGUCCUCUGACCUGGAGUCCCCUGACCUGGAGUCCUCUGACCUAGAGUCCCCUGACCUGGAGUGA